AAUAAAUCAAACUUGUAUUAAUUGAUGAAAGAGUCUCUAAUCAAAGUUUAACAUUCGUUCAACUGUAAUGAUUAAUUUAUUUAAUAAAAUUAAUUAAUGGACGAUUUAAAAAUUGUAUAUUUUACAACAUUUUCAGUGUGUUCAACAUUUGAAAAGAUUGAAAACGCGUUCAAGUAAACUUCAGUACCAUUCAACUAUUCAAGAUAACCAAUAUCAACUAUCAUACGAAAUGCUUAAUUCAAUGCAAGAUCUAGGUUCAAUCUCCUUAACUUUAAGUAAUAAUAAUAAUAAUAAUAAUAAUAAUAAUAAUAAUAAUAAUAAUAAUGCUAUUAACUGUUCACAACUUCCUCAACGAAAAAACAUUCUUUCAUAUAGAGAUUAUUUAGCCUUACCAAUUGAAAUACGUUAUCCAUACAAUUACGUCAGUGAUUUAUUUGAAGAUGCUCAUCCUGAAAAUGCUGACAGCAAUCGGAAUACUAAUAAUUAUGAAGAGUAA